CGCUGAUACCCCUUCCUCUGUAGUAUGGACCAGGCUAUCUCUGUGUCGUUCACAUUCAUUUGACACCCGUAGGUUUCGAAAUACACUGCAAUAUUAAGACAAAACACCAGUUUGGCAGUCGUCCCGAACAAUCACAUUUAACUUGGAUGGUUUUCAGUGAUGCAGACUAACCUUUCCCUGUCCAUUCUUCUCCACGACUAGCUGUGAGGAUGGAGAAAGCUGCACUGCUGCUGUUUUGUUGCCUGGUCAUGUCUUUAUCAGGCUCCCCGCUCUACCCAUCCAUUAGGUUCGGCCAGAGGGAUACGUCCAUCCUGAUGACAUCUUCUAUAAAGGAUCCAGCAGAGCAGCUGGAGGAAGACAGGAGUCCUCCCAGGGAGCGAGCAGAGUCACGCUCAGGACGCCAUGCUGAUGCCAUCUUCACCAACAGUUACAGGAAAGUCCUGGGCCAAAUCUCUGCCAGGAAGUUCCUUCAGACAAUCAUGGGCAAACGGCUGGGAGAUGAAAGUGAGAGCUAUAUGAAACGUCAAUCAGAUGUCUAUGAAGGUACCUAUAAAGAAGAUCUUACAUCUAUUCAGAGCAAUCAGAGAUACAGAGAAGUGCAUGGGCAUGUCACGAGGCCAAGACUGCUGAGUUGAGAUUGGUUGGAUCAGACAAACUGAAGGCUGCCAACGCUCCUGGCCACUGCACUUUUCAUAACCAUCACCGCUUGCUUUCUUAAACUUCCUCCAACUCGUUCUUUACAGAUGAAAAUGAUACUGUCAUUUUUUUAUUCCCAUUAAAUCUGUGAAGAAAAGCAA